AAAGCAAGAUUUCGACACAUCAUUCAUUUCUUUUUCACUGCAACUUAUUAUUUUGUCAAGGAAAACAAUGUCUCUUGCACCAGCCAUCCUUACCCAACAAUCCGAACCGCAAAGCCCUCGCAAUGCCAUGUUUACAUGUCUCGCUUGUCAUGUUGCAUUUCCGACUUCAGAUCGGCAACGACAGCACUAUCGUACAGAUUGGCAUAAGUACAACCUGAAGAGAAAGAUUGCUAAUCUAACUCCCGUUACUGCGGAGCAAUUCGCACAAAAAGUACUCGCGCAACAAGCGAAAGGUAGGGAGGAAGCGGAACGGGCAGGACUGGUAUAUGAAUGCGUUGUUUGCCGUAAAACCUACUUGUCGGAGAAUGCUUUCACCAAUCACAUCUAUUCUCGCAAACACAAGGAAAUGGAAGCGAAGGGCGGUUCCCGCGUAGACGCUUUGAUCAAUCAACAUAAACGUGAAGUCCGCAUGUUCUCAUCCGAAGGCGAAUCCGAUGCUGAAUCUCAUGGUGCCUCGGUCUCAGAAGAAGGGACACCCAGAGAUCCGUUGGCCUACUGCUUGUUCUGUUCGCAAGUGAAUACCGAUUUCGAGAUGAAUCUGGACCAUAUGGCGAGUGUGCAUGGAUUCUUUUUACCGGAUAUAGAGUACUUGGAGGAUACCCGUGGCUUGAUUGCCUACUUGGUCGAAAAGGUUCAGGAUGGUAUCUGUAUAUACUGCAACGGUCGUGGUCGUGAAUGGAAGAGCGUUGAAGCGGUUCGAUCUCACAUGUUGGACAAGGGUCACUGCAAGAUGGCUUACGAUGAGAGUGAAGAUCCUGAUGCUUUAUUGCGAUUUUACGACUUUGGUCCGAUCGAUUUGGACGACGAGUCCGAUACGGCAUUCAACGUCAAAGAUGCCGAACUGAUACUGAACAACGGUGCCCGCUUGGGUCAUCGAAACGAUCUGAGAUAUUUUAAACAACGUUUGCGAAAGAAUGUAUGUACUAUGAUAGGGUCAGGGCGUGGUAUAAUCAUAUACGGAGGGUUAACCUAAAAGCGGGGCAUUGAUAGACUCUGGCGCAUGAUGAUAUCAA